AUUCAUCACCUUCAAUUGGUUCAUAUUUGUGUGCUAAUUCUUGCCUGUACAAAACAUACAAGAUAAUAUCAGAGUCGCUCGUGCCAAGGAAGAUUCUUGACCAAGACCAUACAGCCCAACAAUAUAUUAACAAUCAAAUUAUUGCAAUAAUUAUUGCACUUGUUUAUUCUUUUGUGAGCUCUUUCGCCAAGACUCCAUAUCAUCAUUAAUACUAUUAAUUAUUUACAAACAUAAUUUUAGUAACUUGCUUCAAUAGCAACAACAACAAUAAUUCUUUGAAUCGUGAAUAAUACAAUGAGCGCAUUAACCUACGAAGAUCCAAGUUAUUAUUUGGACAAUUCUUCUUCCAAAAGUCUAAAGAAGAAGGGAAGACAUCGCAAGCUCGACACUCUUACCUAUGAAACAAUUAGAGAAUACUUUGUUUAUACUCAAUCGCAAGCUGCAAAGAAGCUUGGUGUUUCUGUCUCAACUUUAAAGAGAAAGUUCUACAGCCUUGGUUAUGAAAACAGAUGGCCAUACAUUAGAACCGUUACACCAAAGAAGAAGGGAAUGAACAAGAGAACCCACGAAGAGGAAGAAGAAGUAUCUGCAGAGGAAGAAGAAGAUUCAUAUGAAUCAGAGGAAGAAGUUAUUAGAGAACCAGUAACCAGAUCAGCCAGAAAGAUUGUUUCUGCUUCUACUCCUACCCUCACCUCCCAACACAGUAAGAAGAGAAAGGUUGUUGAGUACCAACAAGAGGCUGCCAGUGAAGAACAAGUUGUCAUCCAAACUUCUCCAUCUUCGAGAAUUGGUUUUGCCUCAACAAGUAGUGCAGCCUUCAUUCCUCAACAAAUCUCCAGCAAGCCUAUUGAACAAACUGUUGUUGCUGAAGAAGAUGUUGAAGAAGAUGAGUACAUUCCAUCCGAAGAAGAGGAACCUAUUGCUGAAGAAGAAAAUGAUGACGAACAAGAACCAAUUGUUGUUGUAGGACAUAAGGAAUCAACCAUUGAUCACCUCAACACUUCUAACAUUUCCUUCUCUGAUAUGAGUAAUAAUUAUUCUCAUCCAACAAGUAGUUCCAUCAUUGGUAAUAACACUACUACUCAUCACCACCGUCUCUAUAAUGAACAAUCUCAAACCUCAAAUCAAAGUCAAGAUUUUGGUGAUGAAAUAGCUGCUGCCUCAAUGUUAUUCCAAUUUGCUUCCUCUGAUAAGAAGUUUUCCUCUCCAAGAAUUCUUCCACCAAUUUCAUCUCUUCAUUCAACCAAUUUUAUGAAUUAUCAUGCUCAACCAUUGAAGAAACGUAUUCCUUCACUUGGUGAUUAUAGAAAUUUCAAUAGUAGAACAACAACUAAUGGUUUUAAUAAUUUACCAUCAAGUAAUUCAUCAAGCACCACCAUUGCCACUCCAAUUGCCUCAGAAGGUUUGAUUUUACCACCAAUUAAGAGUCUCAUUGGUGAUGAUCAAUGUGGCAUUGGUUUUAAUAAUCAUCAACACAUUGUUCAACAACACAUUUCUUAAUUAUUUAUUCAAAUUAUUAAUAAUUUCAUUUGGGUUUGAAAUUAUUGUUGCUACUACUUACCUAUAUAAUUAGUUUACUAGUUGAAAAUAUUACCUUAAAUAAUUCAUAGAUUAUAUUGAAAUAGAUUAUAUUGAAAGACCAAUUUACUUUAAAUAAAGGUUGUUAUAGUAUUAUUAAA